GUCACUUCCAAUGGAACGCACAGAUGGCUCUAAUCGUUCUGCUCCACCCCCCAAAGUGACGUCACGACCAGACAGCUGAUCUCUCCCCUUUUCUCGUCCAUCCGGGCCGCCGUAGAAUCUGUGACGUCAACCUGGGCUGUGCUCUGAUUGGCUGAUUUCAAUAGACGCGGGCUACUUGAACUGAGAAAGCAGUGCCUGGUGUAGCGCCAAGUUAUCGCAGGCGGGUAGUAGUGAUAGUAGAUCGGUCGGGCCUUGUGCACAGUGAGCGGAUCUGCAGGGAGGCCAGGCGGCACCGGGCACACGGCCACACCGGAGAGGCUCCACUAGCAGGCAGGCAGGGCCGGGGCCACGCACACCGCAGCCUCUAACCCACCCACCCCCCCGGGCCGAGCCCUCCCCGAGCACCCGGUCACCGAGCGCCCUCUCCGGGGCUGACAUCGCGAUAUGUCCGAGCAUCUGCUGAGGCGGGAGAACCAGGAGAAUGUGCAGCCCGGGAAGCACGGCGUGGCCCAAUCCGCGGCCCCCAGAGGGCGGACCGUGCUCGGAGUGCUGCACGGGAACCAGCGCGGCCGGGUCCUGCCCAAAGUCACCAAGAGCAUGGGAGCACAGCCAGCACAGGUACUGAGACCCCCGGCCAGCCAGAGACCGGGGGGGAGAGAGAGACAGCCAGCCGGGGAGCUGGGGCCUAGCUAGGGGCAUGCUGAUAGGGACUGUAUCCGGGGUGCAUAGGUCAUAUUACAACUCCCAUCACUCUCAGGGCUUAUUAUACUCGGCAGCUGAGGUGGAGGGGGCUCCCUGCAUUGAGAUCCAUGACCAUGUGUUGAUCUCCAGCAUUGACACAUUGUGAAUAGUGUCUGGCUGGGAGUCAUGUGUGUGGCUGCCAGCCAUCCCGCCAAUUUAACCUGCCAUAGCUAUCGAUUGGUAUUGGUAUCUGUGGCUGGCCCUCUCAUCCAGACUAAUAAUUACUGUGAUUAAUCUGCAUUGAUAGAACACAUACAGCUGGGCAAUGCUUGGUUAGAUAUUACAAUUUAACUAUGGAGGGAUGGGGGUGUAAAACACACUGCAUGGUGCCGAUGUAACAGGUCUAUGUAUGUAGGAAGUCCAUUUGUUGCCUUUCCGCCGUUUGGGAGAAAUGCAGAUGAGCUGUGUCUGAGUGUGCUGUCCCUGCAGAUGGUCUGCUGAACACAAAGCAGCUUCAUUAGCACACUGGCUGGCUCGGUCUGAGCUCUGCACACAUGCUGCUCUGCAGUGACCUGCCAGUGUUGCUUUGCAAGGUCACUCCAUUCCCCAUGUAAGUCUAGGGUGAACUCACCUGAAUUGAGUAAAAGUAGUUGGCAUCACACAACUAUAUUUGCACAACCACUGCUGUGACACUUGUGCUUGAGCAACAUGCAGUGUCUGGCAAUGCCCGGCAAAGGGAUCGCUUCCUCUAGCCCUUUACCCAUUUCAACAUCAUUCUCUCCAACAUCAUUAUUUAUGGCCAUUUAUUUAUAGGUUUUCAAGUCCCUUUAAGCCUUUUUUUUUUUUUUUUAGCAGAGCCUUCUUAGUUUAGAAGAUGGUGGCAACUGGGCAUCCCAUGUUUUGCUCUUGACGUUAUGCACUGACCACUUCCACUGUCCUGACAUCACCGAGGUUCCUUGAUGUGCCACUUCAGGAUAUUGAUGUGGCUGGAGGGAGGUGAAUGUAAUCAUACAAUGAUAAAGGCCAUGGAGAUUGACUAAAAGUGCCAUUAUGUCAACUGUUUGUAAAUCUGAAAUGGUUCCUAUUUCUAUAACUUUGCUAAAAAGGGUCGUGGGUGACAACAGACAAGGGGAUGGGACAUGCCCACUUAUACUAAGUGAGCUGCUUUAAAUCCGUUAUUGUAGCCAUGCCUACCCAGAGUAACUCAUGUCUCUACUCACUUCCUGAUGAUGCCUUUUUCUUUUUUUUUAUCCCUCUUUACAGUGUUUAAUCUAGAAUUUAUCGCAUGCUAGCGUCUGCAACAGCCUCUUGUGACUUAAAGGGUAUCUCAAUGCACCGUGACCACUUAAAGGGACACUAUAGUCACCAGAGCUACAGCUUGAUGUACUUCUGGUUUCUAUAUGUCCCUGCAGGCAUUUUAAUGGGAACACUGCCUUUACAGAGAAGGCAGUGUUUACACUAAUGCCUUGGGACAUCCAGCAGUAGUCACGUAGACUGCCACUAAAGGUGCUUCCUGGGACAGUGCUGCAGUGUUUUACAUGGAGCCGCUGAAUGUUCCCCAAGGAGUUUUGCCAUGCAUUCAUGGUAGCCUCCAAUUGCUUUCCUAUGGUAAAGCAUUGUAUUGGCUGAGUGUGUAAGGUUUGCUCUCUGCCAAAGGGGUGCAGUGUGGGUGGGGCUGGAAACGGGUAAGUAACUCUGCUUUUUAACUGGAGGCAAGAAGGUCUGGUGGACUAAAUGGCUAAGUAGACUGUGUCAGGAAUACACCUUUUGUAUACCUAAGACUAGUGUUCCUUUAAAUGACGAAGUGAUCAUGGUGCUUACAGUAUGCUGAACUUCACUAUGAAACAAUGCUCAAUUUAACCCUUCUGCAGAAAAAUUCUAGUUAAUAUGAAUAAACAAGUUACUGGGCUAUUGUGCUUUUCAUGCAAGAUUUCGUGUGGCUAUUUGGGUGUGUAUUUUCAACAGAAAGUAAAGUAACAUUUGGUUUUUCAGUUUCUUUCAGUACACAAUCCUCUGGGCAUAAACGAUGAAAAUUAUGGCAAGAUCCCAGCUGCAAAAGCGGCUAGCAAACAGCCAACAUUCACUAUACACGUCGAUGAGCCAGACUGUGCCAAUCAGAAGAAACAGCCAGUUGUUAAAAAGCCAGUAUUGGAUGAAAAUCUGCGGAAACUAAACUCUGUGGUAAUAUCUCUUGGAACUAGACAACCCCUUGCGCCAAUUCAGCUACCCAUGGAUUCCAGCUUUGGUACGUAAAGCUAGUGUAUUGGUAACAUGCACAGUUUAAAUUAUUCAUAACAUUUCAAUGUUUCCUCUCUAUGAAACCUCAGUCAAAACGAAGGUGACGUAUCUUAAUGUUACAUUGUGCAGCUUAAAACAAUUGUCUAGGUAUUCAGAACAACUGUAAAAUAACUAUCUCAAACGUGAUUAAAUUUGAAAGUAAUAGAACAGUAAACUGCAAAAUUACAAUGGACUCCAGAAGUCUUCUAAACACAAAGAUGUAUGUACAGGGUGGCUGAAACACGAAUCUUACUACUUUUAAAGAGUCCUAUGACUGCUUUUCAGAUUCUCCUAUGGAUAUGUCCAUUGUCGUUGAAGAGGACAAAACUGAGCGUUGUAAUCCAGUUCCUGACUACAGAACUGAAAUUCACACGUAUAUCCGAGAAAUGGAGGUAUUUACUCUUCCUUGUUGAACCAUGUGACACCAAUUCAGACAGUGUCUGUCUACUCUAGUUUCAUCCAUACAAUCUGAGUUAUGAGGUCAAAACAAUCAGCUGGGACACUGUUACCUCUUGUGUGGGGGGAAAAAUAGAUUAUCGGGCAUGCUGGCUGUUACAAGCUUGAGACAACCUUAAUGUAGCUGGCAAUGGGGGUUUGCUGCAAGCAUGUUUAAGAUCUAGUGUGUAUAAAGGUGUGAUCAACCCAGAUUGUUGACCUCCAAUGUUUUAAACAUGAAAAACAUUAAUGAAACACUUCAGGUGCCAUCCCACUACAAAUAGACUGACUUUUAUUUUUUUUUUAUAUAAACCUUUGGUCCACUGGGCACUGCCCAUGUUCACUACUUCUGACAGAACAGAAAGGUGCUUGGCUACAGCAAGUAUUUGUGCUAAGACUAGCUUCUGCAGAGCCUGGUGGCAGCACUGAUACAGAUACUGGCUAUCUUCUUGCUGAGACCACAUCUUAAUAGAUGAAGUUAAAGGGACACUAGUCACAAAACAACUUUUAGCUUAAAGGGACACUAUAGGGUCAAGAAUACUAAUAUGUAUUCCUGACACUAUAGUGUUAGACAUAAUCUAGACACCCUGCUCUCCCUCCUCCCAUACCCUGUAAAUAUAGUACCAUCUUGCUUUUUAGUAUGCAGCUGCUGGCUCUGCCCCUAAUCUGCCUGCUUGACUGACAUCAGAAGUGAUUCUCUGAGCCUGUAUUAUUUGUUGAGACUGUCAAGGAGGCAGAUGUGAGGCAGCCACCACAAGCCAAACACUGCCACUCAGCAUAUCCUUGUAGAGCUUAAUUGAAUCAAUGCAUCUCUAUGAAGAAAGUUCAGUGUUUGCAUGCAGAGGCUGGAGAUGCUGAAUGGCAGUGCUGCACAGUAAAACCAAAAUCUAGCCCCUUCUUGCUUCCCUAAAUACUGUGAAAUCUUCUAUUUUAAAGUCUGCUGCUGCUGGCUGUGCUCAAUCUGCUUCUGUCCUGCCUGUUGACAUCAGAAGUUGUGGUCUUAGCUAAUCACAAUGCUUCCCCAUAGAAUUGGCUGAGACUGUCAAGGAGGCAGAGCCAGCAUGAUUCAAACACCGCCCUGGCCAAUAUGCAUCUCAUCAUAGAGAUGCAUUUAUUUAAUCAAUUCAUCUCUAUGAGGAAAGUUCAGUGUCUGCAUGCAGAGGGUGGAGACAGUGAAUGGUAGUGUUGCUCACUGUGCAGCACUGCCCUAGGAAGUACCUCUAGUAGCCAUCUGAGAAGUGGCCAGUGAAGGUGUCCCUAAGCUAUAAUGUAAACACUGCCUUUUCUCUGCAAAGACUGUUUACUGCAAAAAGUCAGUAAAAUCUUAUUCUUGCCAGAACAAAUACAAUAACCUGUAGUUGUGCUGGCAACUGUAGUGUCCAUGUAAUAAAGCAAUUCUUUUAUACAGAUCAUGCCUUCAGUCACACUGCUUAAUUCUCUGCCAUUUGAGUUGUUACUUUGUUUGUUCAGCCUUAAUCACACCUCCCUGUACAAGGAGGCUCUACAAGGAGCUAAACACUCCUUGUAGAGUCAUCUAAUGUAAACAUUUCCUCUAUUGUAAGCUAAUUUUGAAUUUAGCUCCCCUCAAUAACUUGCUAGACUCUAUAUAGGAGCUCCCUGUAUGUGAUUAAAGUUCAAAUUACAGAGCAGGAGAUACGUGAAACCAUUGUUUUCAUGCAGACUUUGAGUCUCAGUGGAGGUGUCACCUGAGGUCCAUAAACAGAAACAAGUGAUUUAACUCCUAAAUGGCAGAUCAUUGAGCAGUGAGAUUUCAGAGGCAUGAUCUAUACCCUAAAACUGCUUCAUUAAGAUUGUCUUUGUGGUUAGUGUCCCUUAAUUGAAGCUACUUGCAUGACCCUGGAAAAAACUAUUUCCUGACUGUUGUGUUUCAUUAUUGCAGAUAAAAUGUAAACCCAAAUCUGGCUACCUGAAUAAACAGCCUGACAUUACUAGCAACAUGCGGGCAAUCCUUGUUGACUGGCUGGUGGAAGUUGGAGAAGAGUAUAAGUUGCAAAAUGAAACAUUGUAUCUGGCUGUAAACUACAUUGAUAGGUUUCUUUCGUCAAUGUCUGUACUCAGAGGGAAACUUCAACUGGUUGGCACUGCUGCUAUGCUUUUAGCUUCGUAAGUAUUUAUACUUGCCAGAUCAAUGGCUUGUAAACUUGUGCACAGAAAUUCUGCUAGUCCAAACUUAAAAUAAAUUCCACAAACUGAAUUUUGUCUUCCUGCUACAUGGAUAGACAGGUAACCUUUGGUUACUCUCCAGGCUGGUAAUAUAGCAAAGUUGUUACUUUUGGGGGAGUCAGUCUAAUAGCUCCCUGGACGGUGAGCUGCACAACCCAUAGACCUUUGAGUGGUUAGAGGGCCAUUUCUGGGCUUUUUUUUUUGUUUUUUUUAUAUGCUAAAAGUUCCAGAUAGUUAUGUGGUCAUUCAAGAUUAAUUUGGUUCUGGCAAACUGCUGAAACUUACAGAUGUCUGAUCACACAUGCACAAGUCUAACAGAUGUCCCUCUGAAAUAUUCCCACAAACUUUGACUCUACAAGGAGCGCAAGCUGAUACUGAAAAUUCAGAGAUCUGUAGUUUUGUGUCUAAUUACACACUGGUAUACAUUAUCAGAACAGAGUCCAGGCUUCCUAAUGUAAGUUUUUUUGUGCAAAACUUACAUCUGACAUCAUUGCACACUUUUCUGAAAGUCUUAAGAUACAGAAGGUUUAGAGUCACUCAUUAAUGGGACUGCCAAGUUUUCUGAACUAUAUAUUUUAGCUUUGUCAAUUUCCUAAACAAUCACCAUGACGCCAUUACUAAAUGCUUAUGGGUGUUGGGACGCUAGUUACUUACUCUAACAUUUAACAUAGAAAAUACAAUACACAAUAUGUGGGGAAAAAUGUGCUGGCAAUAAAUGCUAUAAACCACUUGAGUGGGAACCCCUUUUACCACUCUAAACAAAUACAUACAAUGGGUGGAACACAUCUGAUUACUUGACUUGGGGAAUUUUAACAGCAGUGCCUUUAAAAUCCCCUAAGUCAAGUAAUCAUCAGACGUGUUCCACCUAUUUUAUGUACUUACUCUAACAUGGUCAUUGUAAUUAUAAAUGCAGUUUGGUUCAAUGUAAGAGUGUUUCUCUUAACACUCUAAACCUGAUUUAUUAAGCUAAAUUUAUAUGCUUACAGUAGAGGCAUUGUUUUGGCUGUAUGAACAGUGACUUAAAGGGACACUGAAACUACAAUCUAAUUCAUCUUAAAUGGACUAGUGUCUAGAAUCCCCUGGUGCUAUUUCAUGCAGAAUUAAGCUGGUUUUAAUGCUAAGUGAGUUCUCAGCAGCCCAUCCACUCUGUGCUGAUUUGGCUAAUGAAGUGCUAACCCAAUCGCAGCUGCUCAGGCCGACUGCUUUUAGCCUAUUAGAGCCUCAGCUAAUGGUAUGAAGUAAUGGUGUAAUUUGAAGUAUGUGUAUAAUCUGCCUUAGCCACACCUUCAGAAAGGGCUGUACCAUGGGUGGCCAUGGACCUUUAUUUAAUAUUAAACUGAUCUAAAAUGACUUGACACUGAAUGGAGGGACAGUGCCGGGGACUCCAGGCACUAUAACCAUUCAAAGGGAUGAAAUGGUUAUAAUGCAACUGCAUUGAGCAGUGCAACUGCAGGGGCACUAUCUAUAUACUAAGAUUUUCAUUUUGCAUAAGUUGUGUUGGUGCUUAGUGUCCUGAAUGUGUACAGUGUCUUGUACACAUGCAUAACUUGUACAUUUGGCUGUAGUUGUAAGUUGCAUAAAACAUCUCAUCUCACAUUGCCUGUAACAGAAUCUUGUCCUUUGGUUUUCUGUUUAAACCUCUACCAAAAUCCAUAUCAAAUACUCAAUCGUUCAUUAUUCAAGUAAACUUGUUCUGGUUAAGAAUCCAGACAUUAAUACAGAAGGCAAUAUAUUACAAAUACCACAAGAAAACAAUGCCACUACAUUAUAUUGUCCAAAAUAGAAUAUGACGGCAGAUAAGAACCAUUCUGCCCAUCUAGUCCGCCCAAUUUUCUUGCGUGCCCUUAGUAAAUUUACCACCUUCUAGUAACUACCAUUUUCUCGUAUAUUUUAGAAUCCAAUAUUUGGAAGGCUGAGAAGUAGCCUUUUUCUUUCUUUCUCCAUAUUGCAUUAAAAUUUGCUUAAACACACUUUCUUUCUACUGGUAAAUUCAUGGCCAUAAAUAUCUGAAUAACAAACAGCAUGUAUUUUAUAUAACUUCAUAUACCAAUGUCAGUUUCUGUUGGUCUAAACUCUAGAUUUCUUUACACACAGAAAAUUUGAAGAGAUCUAUCCUCCUGAAGUUGCAGAGUUCGUAUACAUUACAGAUGAUACAUACACUAAGAAACAAGUUCUAAAAAUGGAGCACUUGGUGCUGAAAGUGCUUUCCUUUGACCUUGCUGCUCCAACAAUUCUACAGUACCUCAACCAAUAUUUCCAAGCACAUCCUGUAUCUCGCAAAACUGAAUGCUUGUGUAUGGUAAGUGUCAUACCUAUCCAUUUCAGAAUGGACACUGAUAAACUGCAUUUAAUGCACUAGGUUAAAAUCUAUGUAAACGCCAUUCUUGGCUUGAAGGCGUGCAUACAGUAUUCAAAAGCAAUCUGCAAUAUAGACUACUAAAUGAAACAAUCCAGAAGUGAGAUCUUUCCAUUAAAAUGUGAACAUGUCUUUGCUUAACUAGUUAUUGAACUAGAACAUGCAAGUGUACCAUUUAAAACUGGUUUCUAUCCCCAAUAAUGGGGACCAUGCAACUUGAUAUCAAUACUUAAGAUCUCAUCCUUGGUCAAUAUAAACUCGUUAGAGCUUUUGCUUCAUUUGCAUGAUUAAAGGGACGUGAUAGUCACCAGAACUACAGCUUAUUGUAUUCUGGUGAGUAGAAUCAUUACUUUCAGGCUUGUUGCAGUAACUGCCUUAUCUCUGGAAAAGUGUUUACAUUACAGCCUAGGGAUACCUUCACUGGCCACUCAGAUGGCUACCAGGUGCUUCCUGGGGCAAUGCUGCCAUUCAUUGUCUCCACCCACUGCAUGAAAGCACUGAACUUCCUCAGAUGCGUUGAUUCAACUAAUUUGAGGAGAUGCUGUUUGACUUGUGCUGGCUCUGCCCCUGAUCUGCCUCCUUGAUAGGCUCAGCCAAUUCUAUGCAGAAGCAUUGUGAUUGGCUCAGACCACAACAUCUGUCAGAGGCAGGCGCAGAGCCAGCACCUGCAGACUUGAAUAAGUUAUAUUCUAUAUUUAGGAAAGCAAGAAUGGGCUAGAUGGUGGUUUUAACACUAGUCAGAGUACAUGUUUGUGUUCCUUUAACAUACUGCCAUUAACAUCCAGCAUUCAUCUUACUUUUAUUGUCACCUUAUGCAACUUGUUUUUCUCAUAGUACCUAGGAGAGAUCAGCUUGAUAGAUGCGGAUCCUUUUCUCAAAUACCUGCCAUCAGUUACUGCUGCAGCAGCCUAUGUAAUCGCAAACUACACAAUCAAUGAUGAAACUUGGGUAUGUAUCAGCUUGCUUCUUGGGUGUACAAAAUUGCUUUAUGUUAUAAACCGAGGUGCGCAUGCCCUUAAAAGCAAUGCUCCAUAAAAAUUGACUGGUUGGUAAAUACAAUCAGAUAUGCAUUGAAUAUCUUUAAUCAGGUGUCAAAAAAAUCUACUUGGCCACAGGACUGUGGCUACUCAAGUUUCCCUUUUGAGCAAAAUGUCCCAGUCUAUUGGACACUAAGAAGGUUGGUGCACAAACUGCAUAUGCAUGCAACUAGUGAGAGUUCAUGAGCAACAUUCUACAACACAUUGAGAAGUAUUUAAAUAGGUCAGCACAGCCUAUAAUUUCCACUGUAAUUCAAAGCAAGCGAGACAGGAACCACUUACAACCAGGAAUGUAAGACAAAGAUAUAACUUAAAUUACCUGUCCAGGAAUUUUAACACUUAAGCACUACCGCAAGCUCUAUGUGCUUGAAAUGUUCUCUGAAGAUUCAAGGGGAAAAACUUUGUAUCGUGAACAAUCUCUACACAAACACAUUUCUAAUGUGAAAUGUCAUGGCUUGGAUCCUUAAUGUUGUCUGACCACUCAAUUUCAUUUCUCCACCAGUCGGAGUCUCUGGUCCAGCUAACAAACUAUUCAUUGGAGAGCCUCAAACCCUGUAUCAUGGAUCUCUACCAGGCCUAUGUUUCUGCUGCAAACCACCAGCAGCAGGCUGUUCAUGAGAAAUACAAGCAUCAAAAGUAAGUGCUGCUUGCAGUUACACUUUCACAAAAUGUAGAAUGCUCCAUUGGUCUCACUGACCACUUUUAUAGCCUAAAAGAACACUAUGCACCAUAACUACUUCAAGUUGAGUCUACACUGAACUUAAUACUAAACUGUCUACUCAUUGUAGUAGAAAGACCUGCUUGCUCCCCUGAAGCUUAUCCUUUGACAAAAUCUCACUCUGUACCAAUCCAUACCAGGUAUGGGUGCACUCAUAGGCUGAGCGCUUUCUAUAUCAGGAGUAUGCUCAACUGAGACUCUAAGUCUUACUGAUCACUAGACCUGGUGUGAUGUUGGGAAGAGCGUUUCUCAGCAGCUUUAUCUGGCAAGGCUGAGUAAGCAUGUCUACUAAACAAUAAGUAAAAGCCUGCAGGUUCAGUUAAUUUUAGUCAUGGUGCAGGAUUUUUUAUUUUAUAUCUUCCCUAACUCGAAUAUAACUCUGUGCAAGAGUACAUAUUGUGCAGACUUGUGUAUAGAAUCUCUGCAAACCAUGCUGUUAAGCUAUAUACAUUUACUGCAAAACUAGAAGCAGUUCUCAAACUCCCAAAUGUAGUGCACCUCUGGGGAAAAAAUGAGUGUUAACCAUGGUUUCUGCUGCCCUGUAAUCCUAUAACUGAAAUCCUAAUAUUAUUCUACUAGCAAAGUUCACAUUAACUUGCUUAUCAGACCACUAAUACUGUAUUUUUGUUUUGUAGGUGGUAUGGUGUAUCACUAACUGACCCUCCAGAGACACUGUCUAUAUUCUCAUAACUUCAAGGAAAGGACUUUUUUUAAUGUAUAGUAAUACAAGUAAACCAUGUACAGUUAUUGCAAUAAUGAAAACUUUGUUUUUGUAACUCAAUCACUUUUUGGUAAAUUAUCCAAAUAACAGAAUUAUGAAACAAAGUUUAUUUUUAGUACUUUUAUAAUUUUUACGUUUUUGUAAAUUGUCUGUUUUAGAUAUGUGCUUUAAAUAUGUUUUUAUAAAAGCUGUUUGCAGACUGACUGACUGGGCAGUUAGCAUUGUUUAUCUGGCUCUAUAUUUUACAAUAAAUAUUAACAGCAAAAGAUGUGGAAUUAUUUUUAAUUUUCUUCCCUUUUAACUGAAGAUUCAAGGAAUGCAGUAAAAUGCAUGGUUUUAUUUUAAUUUUUUUGAAUAGUGGGGCAAAUUAAUGUAGAGCCUCUCAAUAAACUUAAACAUUUCACUGAACUGUCUGGAGGACUACUGGCAGAUCUGCUUUAAAGGUGCCAGCAAACUCCAGGUGACACUAAGUUGUUUGUGUGCCCAGAAUGUUAAUUUUAAGACUUUGUUACAUACAAAUAUAUA